CACUCACGAUGACGUCAAUGUCCACACCGGUUCAGAUAUAAGUACUAAGAGGCUGGCCAAAUAUUUUCAAUCGCGACUUGCCCUGGUGAAGUUGGGCGUUAAGGACUUAACUAGCAAAUAGCUCCCGUGAUAACAUACGUGUAUUCACUACAGAUUUAAAGGAAAUCCCAAAUACAGCUUCACAAUGUGUCAAGGACUAGCUCGGUGUUUUCUCAUCGUCUUCAACAUAAUCUUCUUGAUUUUCGGCGUCCUAUGUCUUGGCAUCGGCAUUUGGGUUGUGGUUGAUAAGACCCACGUGAUCGCCCUAUUCCGGUACUCGAGCGACAAGAUAGACGACCUAAACGCCUAUGACGUGCCCUCGUUGCUGGAGAGUGGCGCGUACAUCCUCAUUGCCGUUGGAGCCCUUGUCUUCGUCAUCUCCGUCUUCGGCUUCUGCGGCGCCAUCAAGAAGUCCAGAUGCUGCCUCAUCACGUACGGCGUGUUGGUCGGCAUCAUCCUGGUCAUACAAGUAGCCGCUGGAAUCGCUGUAGGCGUUUUCAGUAGCCAGUUCGACAACUUCGCCAAGCCAUUCCUGAAUGAGACGAUGCCGAUGAAGUACAAAGGGCCGUAUGACCACUCUGACGUCAUCUCUCUGGCUCUAGACGCUCUCCAGGCAUCGCAAGGAUGUUGUGGCGUUAACGGCCCGAAUGACUUUGCCAGUUACCCUAACUUCAACAAAACAUGGAAAGGCCUAAACAACGCCAAGAUUCCAUUUACCUGCUGUGAGUCUGGCAUGAAGGACUCAUUCCCCGACAAAAUGGAAGACUACAUCAGCGGCCUACUGGACCAAGACUGCCCGCUUAUGGAGGCUAAGGGUUACAAAGAGGGUUGCUAUGACAAGUUGAGGGAUCUGGCAAAAACCUAUUUCGCUGGUGUGUUGGGCGUAGCCAUCGGGGUUGCCGUAUUAGAGCUCAUCCUGAUAAUCGUUGCCUGCUGUAUCGCAAAGAAUGACCCUGACGGGAAGCUGGUGUAGAUGGUUCAAGCUUGAACACAGUUUAGAUGCAGGGGUGGGGUGGGGGGACUUCUAAACUACAGGGCACUGAUCGUCAAACACGAACAACUGACUGCUGUAGGCAAGAUCAUACGCCCUGUUCUUUAGCCUGAAGGAGAAUGACGUUAGUGUUUGUUACGAUGUUUUGUUAAUACUGGUUGCCACCUAUUAUCUCCUGAGACACUUCGUUUAUAUACAGUGUUGUUAGUUACAGUGGUACCUGUAACAUGGUUAUCCUUCUCUAUCAGUUACACCUGUAACCAUCUGUUACACGACGUUCACGAUCUGUGGCCUUACAAUGUGUUGUUAGCAAUAAUAGUCAAUGUUAUAAUACUAGUAUAGUGCUGUCAGGAUAACUAAUCACACCGUAUGGCUGGUAAACCUAGCGGCCACAUAGGUCCUCGUAUGAUGAUAACUGGAUCUGAAAAGGUACCCUCAGUUUUGAGGGUUUAAUGGUUCAUCGCCACAGAGAACCAUUGACAAUGAUCAUGUACUCACACACACAGCACAGGUGAAACUGUCAAGCCGAACAACAGUUUAUCAAAGAGAACAAAAACCAACAGAAAUGGCAAUGGUGGAUUCAUUAUAAAAAUAUGUUGUACCAAUUUCCUCUGCAGUGACAUGAUAUGUAAAGAUGGAUUUAUAACAUUUUCAUUAUACAGAGAUGAACAAUUAGGAUGAAAUGUAUCGAGUUUGUCUGUAACAUGUUCCGAACUUUGAAAAGGUUGCCAUGGUGAUAAAACGGAAUGUGAUAUCAGUAAAUCUGUGCAAGCAGAACAAAAUAAUAUACUACUGAGCAUUCUGUUAGAUAAUUCCGUUAUGAUUCCACAUCAAAUGAGUAUAAUAUCAUUGACUCCACAGACUCUUGCUUAACCAUAAAAGAAAAAUAAAUAUAUAUUUUUAAAAAACUUUAUAUUUCGCAUAAUUAUUGUUGAUAUACCGGUUGCUGACAGUGUUCCUUAAAAACCCAACAAGUGCAGCCGAUAGCUUUGCCAGCUCAAUCUAUUUUAUAUUAUUGUUUGACACCUGUUUAUCGUGCACUAAGAAUUCAUAUGUAAAUGUUUCAUAAACGAAAUUUUAUUUUUCAUCGUUGUGACGUAGCGGAAGUCUGUACCGACUUGUCACGUGAUCUCAUCGUAUCCACUCGCUGUUUAUAUUUGGCGGGAUCUUAAUCUUGUUACCAUGGCAUGGAUUGUAAGGAAUUUCCCUGGCUUGGUAACCUGCUAUGUAAUCCGUUGCUUGUAAGAGAAUAAACCAUUUAUAACCAGGAAUGUUUAUACAAAUACAAACAUAUCAUGAAAGUGCACGAAAUGAAUGUCAUUGCUGUGCGUCAUAUUCUUACAGUAAGUCAAAAUCAAAUAUUUGUUAUAUUUGUCUGUCUCACAGUCAUACAGUAUUAAAAACCCCAUUCACUCAGCACUGUCGAAUGCAAAAAGCCCUAAAUAAAGCAAGUCUAGAUUCAACCAGGUUGGAGUGCUGAGUCUACCAUCUCAUCGGGGCUCCUUUUCGAAUUAAAAAUACCGUUGUGUCGAAGUUGAAGGCACCUAAGAAAAUACUUCGAGUUAUGCGAUGUUCGACUCAACCGAAAAAAGGAUCAACAAA